AUGUCGAUCUGGAUUGCAACGUUUGGCUGCCGCCGCGCCGCAGCCAGAGCCGAUGCCACCUCCUCCGCUGCGGGUCCUGGAGUGCCUGGCAUAGCACCAGGGCUCCCACCACAUGGACAGCAAGCUCAAGAAGACCAUACCAAAGAUGCUGCCAAGGCCCCACCUUCAGUCUCCACAGCCGGGCAGCCAGGCUGGAAUCAGGAUGAGCAUCUCAAGCAGAAUGGUGGUUUGGCUUGGAGUGAUGAUGCAGAUGGAGGCCGAGAAAGAGAGAUCUCUCGAGAUUUUGCCAAGCUGUAUGAACUGGACGGUGAUCUGGAAAGGAAAGAAUUCCUGGAUGACCUCUUCAUUUUUAUGCAGAAGAGGGGGACCCCUAUCAACUGAAUCCCUAUCAUGGCCAAGCAGAUCCUAGACCUGUAUAUGCUGUACAAGCUGGUGACAGAGAAGGGUGGCCUGGUGAAGAUCAUCAACAAGAAGAUAUGGAGGUAGAUCACCAAAGGCCUGAACCUGCCCACAUCCAUCACCAGUGCUGCCUUUACCCUGAGGACCCAGUACAUGAAGUACCUCUAUGCUUAUGAGUGUGAGAAGAAAGCCUUGAGCUUCCCAGCUGAGCUCCAGGCAGCCAUUGAUGGCAACCUGCGGGAGGGCCGCCGGCCCAGCUACAGCUCUUCCCUCUUUGGCUACUCACCUACUGCCACGGCUGCUGCCACCAGGGCCCCUGCCCUUCUCUCCACACCCAAGAUCCGCUUCCCUGUCCUUGGGCUGGGCUCCAGCAGUGGUACCAGUGGCAGCAGCCCUCGGAUACCCCCAGCAACUACUCUCAGGAAAGGUGAUGGAGUCCCGGUGACAAUAGUACCUGUGCCAAAUCGUCUGGCUGUGCCCGUAACCUUGACAGGCCAGCAGACUAGCACCCCGAUGGCCACGCUGGAGCAGCUGCGGGAACGGCUGGAGUUAGGAGAGCCCCCUGAGAAGAAGGCUUCCAGGCUGUCGGAGGAGGAGCAGCGCCUAGUGCAGCAGGCCUUCCAGCGCAACUUUUUCAGCAUGGCCCGGCAGCUACCCAUGAAGAUCCAGGUCACCGGCAGGCCAGAAGACAGAUCAGAAGCCUUGGCUACAGCGUUGAAUCUGACCUCGGGCAGCAUUGGGAGCAUUUAUAUGUCUGUGGAUAUCGACAGCACCACCUAUGCAGGUGUGCUGUUUGCCCAGAAGCCUGUGGUCCACCUCAUCGCAGGGUCUGCUCCCCAGAGCAUCAGCAGCAGCAGCAGCAGUUCUCACUGCUCACCAAGUCCUACCUCAUCAUGGGGCACCCCCAGUGCAGAGCCCUCCACCAGUUGGUCCCUCUGAGGGGCAGGACCCAGCUUCCACUCCCCACUCUUCUGUCGAGAGUGCAGGAAGUUGAUGCACAAAAUUUACCUCAUCUCACGGAUCCCAUGUCAAAUACCAGAUGUUGCGAGUUUGGACAUGUCCACUUGUCCAGGCUCCAUUCAGGUCCUGCUGUACUCGGGGGACAGGGAGAGGCUGGAGGGGCAGACAGAGCAGCGUUGUCCAAUCAGAGAUUGUCCUGGAGAAAUGGGUGGGGUCUGUGGACAGCCAGCUUCCUGGGGAUUCCCAGGCCACCUCCCAUCCUGGGCACAGUGUAUUGACAAUCUGUAAACCGACACAAGGCUGGAGGCCCUCCAUAUCCUUUCUCCUUUAAUUUAUUUUCCUUCCCCUGCCUUCUGCCAUGACCCCAGGGUCACUGGUCCCUUCCCCUGCUCAGUGCCCCAAU